AUGGAUAGCGGUUCGCAAUAUAGUUUUAUUUGCACCGUAGUGGCCAAACAUCUGGGCCUGACAUUCAGGAAUACGAGAGAAGUCACGACUCUGACGUUUGGAGGACAUCAACUUACGGAAGAAUCGAACGAGAAACUUCCAUCAGGACUCGUCCUGUCGCACACUAGAUUUGGGCCAGUUUUAUCCGGUCUGCAGCGUUCUGUAGUUUCCAAUAACCUUUCAGCUACCACUACCUCGGAUAAGGACGAGCCAGAGAGCGAGCAACUUAUGCGUACCUUUCUUGGCCUCGACACACUCGAAUUGGACGGAGGCGAAGAUACGGAGAAUGACGGAGUCAUUAGGCAGUUUUACGACACAGUUACCAUUGUUGACGGUAGCAUCCACGUUUCUUUUCCAUGGAAAUCGGACCAUCCUCCCCUUGCGGACAACAAACCUUUGGCCUUUCGUCGACUGCAGAAUCAGUACGAGAAAUUUCGCGCGAAUCCAUCUGCCUGGGAAGAUUAUUGUAGGAUAUUUGACGAGCAGUUGCGAAGUGGUAUAAUAGAGGAUGUUACGGAUGCUCCCCUCCAAGGACCUAAUAUCUAUUAUAUUCCGCAUCAAGCCGUUUAUAAAGAGGACAGUUCCACCACCAAGCUGAGGAUCGUCUUUGAUGCGUCAAGUCAUCAGAAAGGCUGUCCAAGCCUCAACGAUUGCUUGCAUCAAGGACCUUCCUUAUUGCCAGAUCUAGUAGGAACGUUGAUGCGAAGUCGUUUUCACCGUUACCUUAUUAUUGCCGACGUGGAAAAA